CGUUAUUUCAGUUAAGUUUGUUGUUGCCGUGGUGACGUUAAAUACUUCUAUCAAAAUGACUGAAGGUGUUAACAAAUUAUCUGAAGAAGAAUUGUUUGAAUGCUUGAAAAGUUUAAAUGUCCCAACUCGGCUUUCCGAUAUUAAAACUCCAACAAAAGAAUUUCUUAUCAGAGUGUUUGAGUGCUUCUUGAAAGAUUUACAAAUAGAUAUUAUGCAUCAAAAUUUGAGAACAUUCCUUUCCAUAAAACAUAUUGAAUAUCCAGAAAUCAUUGAAGAAGGACAGUGUAUAAUAUUGCUUGUUAUGUUUAUAAACUUCAUAACCAGUGCAGAUGGUUUGGAUAUUUAUGCUCGAGAUAUAAUUUUCCCCAAGCCAAAGAGGACGAAAAAGAUUUUGAAUUACUUGAUUGUGUUUUGGAAAUAUUUUUUGUUGAAAUUUGCUAAUUUUCAAGCAAUAGCUGAAAAGUUUCAAGAAGAAAAAAGGGAAGCAGAUGAGCUUGCUGAAGAAAAUGAUCAAUUAGGAGUAAAAUAUAAUGAAUGUUUAUUAAUCUUAAAGAAUGAUCUUCCUAGUAAAGAAGAACUUAUUAGUUGUAAUGAAUCAAAGGUGGAAAAAUGCAAAGAAAUGGAAAAGCAAAGGGAGGCAUUGACUGAAGAAAAUAGUGCCACAAAGAAGAAAGAAAAUGAUUUGCAAACACUUAUUACAAAAGCUGAUGUUAACAUUGUUUCAACGAAAGAACAAAUAAAAGAACUUGAAGAAUUGAUUCUCACUUCUCCGGAAAAAAUAAGUACUGAGAUUAAAAAAUUGAAAGAUUCAAUUCGUGAAGAAGAAAUGAAGAUUAGAGAAAAAGAAGCAGAGUUGAAAGAUAAAAAGAAAAGCCUUGAUAACCUUAAACAAAUUCUAGAGAAUGAUGCAAAAGAUUUGGAAGAAUUGAAAAAUAUUAAUAAAGCUUUACAAACAUUUGGGGAUGUAGUGAAGAGCUUUAUACUUGACUUUCAAAAAUGUCUAGAGGAGAAAGAAAAUUUAAGGAAAUUGGAAUCGGAACUCCUCUUAAAGGAGGAAAUGCAGUCAAUAAGUGAACAUAAGUUUGCAAAAAUCCAUCUGCAUUAUAAAAAACAGAAAGAAUCUUAUAAUGAAACUUUCCAAAUGCUUCAGAGAAAUCUGUCUGAAGAGCAAAAAGAUCUUACUAGUUUGAAAGCAGCCAAUUUGGAACUGGAUCAGAAAAUGGAUAAAGAGAUUGACACUAUUUUAGAUAUAGUUGAAAAAUUGAAAGAAGCUGAAAAGACAACAGAAAAAUUACAAAUGGAUUAUAAAUCUCAGAUGGAAUCAAUUAGAAACACAUUUGUUUCAGAAUGUGGAGACAUUAAAAGCUAUAUUGUCAAAAAAUAUGCACCAUAAAUUAAAGCAAAUGUGUUUUGUAUAUAAUUAUACUGUUUAUAAAUUAGUUCAUUGUAGAUACUAAAUUGUUUUAUUUUUCUGUAUGCAUCAUUGGUAGUUUCUUUUGAAAUAAAAAUAU